AUGAACGGUUCUUUCCGCGAGCGCGCCGGCAAACACCACUCCAUCGACGACGAUGGCGACUCCACACGAGCGACCACACGACUGAUGCAUGAGAGGAGUUUCAGCCUCGAUCACACGCCCCCGCAUUCGCCUUCGAGGGAAAAGGGGAGUGUUGAUGGAGACGGAGAAGCCAAGGGGUUCUGGGAGCUGUCGGUGCUGGACCGAAGAAACUUCCUUCUGCUCGUGCUCCUGUAUUUCCUACAGGGCAUUCCGAUGGGUCUGGCACAUGGCAGUGUACCCUUUCUCCUCAAGAGCCAUAUGAGCUACGGCCAGAUCGGCGUCUUCUCCUUGGCCACCUACCCGUACAGUCUGAAGUUGCUGUGGAGCCCGAUCGUGGAUGCCGUGUGGAGCGCGAAGGUGGGCAGACGCAAGAGCUGGAUUCUGCCGAUCCAGAUGCUGAGUGGGUUUGGCAUGAUAUGGCUAGGCACGCAUGCUCAGCAGAUGAUGGAGCAGGCCGGCGAGAAUGGCGGAGCAGGCGUGUGGGGCUUUACGGCAUGGUGGUUCGCACUGGUCUUUAUGUGUGCGACUCAAGACAUUGCUGUUGAUGGCUGGGCCAUCAGCCUUCUCUCCCAAUCCAACCUCUCCUACGCCAGCACCGCGCAGACAGUAGGCCUCACCGCUGGCCAGUUCCUGUCAUACACCGUCUUCCUCGCACUCAGCAGCCCCGACUUCGCCAACAAAUACUUCCGGUCCCCAGCAACCCAGCAACCCGUGGGCCUCUUCACGCUCAACUCCUACCUCAUCUUCUGGGGCUGGGCCUACCUCCUCGUCACCCUCGGACUGGCGGUGCUCAAACGCGAAGAGCGCUGCCGCGAGCGCGAUUCCAUCUGGGAAGUCUACAAGACCAUGGGCGGCAUCCUCAAGCUGCGCAACAUCCAGAUCUUCAUCAUCAUCCACCUUAUUGCCAAAAUUGGCUUCCAGGCCAACGACGCCGUCACCAACCUCAAACUCCUCGACAAGGGCUUCAGCCAGGAGGAUUUGGCACUGACGGUGCUUAUCGACUUUCCCUUUGAGAUCUCGCUGGGCUACUAUGCGGGCAAAUGGUCGGAGCAAUACCGCCCCAUACCCGUGUGGUGCUGGGCAUUCAUCGGCCGUCUGAUCGCCGCCGUCUUCGCCCAGUUCGUCGUCAUGGUAUUCCCUGCCGGCGGAACAACAACCGGCUACCUCCUCCUCGUCAUCGUCGAGCACGUCUUCAGCACCUUCAUGAGCACAGUGAUGUUCGUAGCAAUCAGCGCCUUCCACGCCAAAAUCGCCGACCCAGCAAUCGGAGGGACAUACAUGACCCUCCUAGCAACCGUCUCCAACCUCGGCGGCACCUUCCCCCGCUUCUUCAUCCUCAAAUUCGUCGACCUCUUCACAAAAGCCACCUGCUUGCCCCCCUCCGUCCCGCCCAAAGACCUCUCAACGCUGAAAGGCGAUCUCAUCACCCAGCCCUUCAGCUGCGUGCUGGAAGCCGAGAAGCACCGGUGCAUCGAAGGGGCGGGGACGUGCACGAUCCAGACGGAUGGCUACUACAUCGUCAAUGUGCUGUGCGUCAUCCUCGGCGUCGUGACGUUUUGGGGCUUCAUCAAGCCGCAGGCGAUGAAGUUGCAGAGUUUGCCGCUGCGCGCUUGGAGAAUUGAGGAUGCGUAG